AAGGCAAUCUUCCGAAGGGUAAAUUAAAAGCGGUACGUGGACCCUUGAGCGGUCAACCUGGAAAAACCGUAGCAUCGAUGACUUGCUUGAGUCCUCGCCUUUCUACAGGUUUCACCCCACCCUUUUCCAGAAAGCUACAGCAGCCAAUCAAAGAGAACAAUAUUCUCCCUACUUAUUUUUUCAAACAUACCCCCUCUGCGGUAAGAACUCUUACUCCAAGGAAACGUUAGAGAAACUUGAUCAGUCUUGGACUAAAUUCCAAACGGUGAACAUAUUGCUAAGUGUUCGGUAAACUUGUCAACAUGUCUACUGGUAGUGUUCAAUCUGUCUGCAAGAAAACUGUGCGUGCCAGAUGCAUUAGGUGCAAUAUUAUGAUUCGAAAGUCAUACGGGUCAAAAAAGAAAAUUAAUUCGGUAGCUGAGGCUGUUAAAUUCUCGCGGAUUUUAGACAAAGUGGUGGUUGUUGGUGACGUACUUUGUAAUAACUGUCAUAAUUUCAUUUAUAAAAGUAGCCAAUUUACUGCAAUAGAAUCCUUUACACCGUCACCUAGUACUUCCUCAGUAACACUAUCCAAUUUCGAAGCAUCCUUAACUCCAACAUCCCAGAUCCCAUCAUCUUCAGCUACUACGUCUUUCGUCGAGGAACCGUUACCUGGAACAUCCCGGGAUGUUUCAUCUUCAAUCUCAACGUCUGUGCUUGAAACCUUUGUACCGGAAGCUAAUACAUCCUCUUCGCUUCAAGAAUCGUCAAGUUAUUCUGAUCCAACAUUAACGAUAGACCAGUCAUUUGUUUUAGAUAUUCUCUCCGACGAAUCGAAUUUCGAACAUAUAGAAGUGCCAUUUUCCCGGGUGGUUACCUCUCAUUUGUAUUGUUUUGUCUGUGGGUCCAAGCGGGGUAUCAUCAACGUGCCAUUUGAAACACGCAAGCAGGUAUUUGCGAUGCGCAGAUUAUAUGUACCUGAAGGGAAUCGGUGCUGCCCUAGUCACUUACUAAACAAACGGUUGUAUCACAAUAUUAUUGAAAGAUUAGACAUUCAUUCUAAUAGUAGUUUAGUAGAAGCAAAUGAAUUAAGGAAUUACUUUGAAUUAAUUGCAACUAGUAGCGAUUCUGAAAUUGAAAAUAAAGUAGGUGAUUUUACGUUAUCGGAAGAACUUCUUAAAGUGUUAACGGGUUUAACUUGGGAAAAUAUUAUUAGUCUUCGGGAAUUAAUGACUUCAAUGCAAAGUUCAGAAACUCGCAAUAUUAUACAAGCCAUUAUUGUUUUCUUAUUUAAAUUACGUACAGGUAGCUCAAAUAGUAUGAUAGCAGCAAUUCUUGGUUUAGAGUACGAACAAGUAUCUAAUUUUUGUAAAUUUGUUUUAACGUCGUUUCAGAAAGAUAUUUUACCUAUUCAUUUCGGGUUCGGUUCCUUUUCUCGCGAGUAUUUAAUAGAUAAUGAAACUUCCGACAUUGCCAAACAGCUGUGUAAUAUUUCCAAUCAAUUAGCACUGGUUUUCGAUGGUACAUAUAUCAGGCAUCAAACGAGUACUAAUAACGAGUAUCAACGGAAAUCGUAUUCUGAUCAGAAUAACGUUCCGCUGUGUAAACCGUAUACUGUCUGCACAACGAAUGGAUACGUUGUUGAUGUGCUUGGACCUUUCCAUGCGGAUCAAAAUGAUGCUCAGAUAAUGAAAACCAUUUUGCAAGAUCUAAAUGGCCUACAAAGCAUCAUGAAACGCGGAGACAUUUGUAUAGGCGGUAGGGAAUUUCAUGAUGUACAAUCAUCUUUAAAAGAAUUAGGUUUUCAAGUACUGAUGCCUGUUUUGAAUGAAAAACGUAAUCAACUUACAACUGUACAAUCAAAUGCCUCUCGGCGUAUCACGAAAAUUAAUUCGGUCGUUGAAGCAAUUCACGCCAUCAUAGUUCAAAAUUAUAAACUUCUGCACCGUCAAAUAUAUAACAAAUCAUUACCACAAAUUCAAUUAUUAUUUAAAAUUGCUUGCUUUUUAUAUAACAGAUUUUCUAAACGUUUAAAUUAUGACAUAGAACUUUCCCACGAAAUAAUAGAGAGAAUGAGAAGUCAACCUGAUGAAAAUACAUUGGCCAUAGACGUUGAAAAAUAUCAUUGGAAUAGACGAAAAAUUCCAUUCAAGCGGGUAUCAACAACUGAACUAUUAGAGUUUCCGGAACUGUCAGAGAACAAAUUAAAAAUUUUAUUUACCGGGUCAUACCAAUUAUCUCAGGCAAUUUCAUAUUUAGCUGAAACCAUAGACGUGGACAAUAAUAUUAAUAUAUUUGGCAUCAAACACAAAGAUCAUAUCGUUAAAUUUCAAAUACAAUCGCGCCAUAUAAACGGUAAAACUUAUAGUUGCUAUAUAGAUUAUACACCAGAUUCGAUUAAUAUUUCGGGGAUAAAACGUUAUUGCUGCGAAUGUGUGAACGGUAAUCGUACCAUCGGCUGCUGUUCACACGUAGCAGCAAUUAUUUACUACCUGUCGUACGCACGGUACCAGGCACGAAUUGUUAGACCUGCUGAACUUUUAAGCACCAUAUUUCGUCAAGACGAAAUAAUGCCCGUCAUUAACGAAGACAGUGACGAAGACUAAAAUUAUAAGUCAUAUCAAAUGGUGCUAUCAGAUAUGGUGAUAAGUAUUUUAAAAAUCAAGAUAAGUAUCGUUAUAAUAAAGUUUUAUGUGCCCAUCAUCUGAACAAAAAGAGGUAUGUCAGAGGUAUAUCUAACAGGGUACAUUCACGAGGUGGCCAAGGACAACAUCAACCUAGCGGACUUUGGGAUCGAGAGGCUCAUUCCAAAGAGGGCGGUAACCGGGGGUCUCGGCCAACGCCGACGCCGUCGCAUCGAGGAUGAGGGAGGCUCUCCAGGAGACUGGGGUCCGGGCCGGCCGCCCUACAAAGAGGGCGGAAAUCAGGGUCUUCGAUCUGGACCCGUCGGCGACGCAGGAGGACAUCGCCGCGUCGCGUCGGUUGCGAGGGAAGGCGACUGCUCUGCGGAGGAGUUGAAGAUUGGGGAGAUUCACGCCUCCCCCGCAAGAUUGGGGAGCGUGUGGGUCCAGGGCCCGCUUGAAGCUAUUUGAUCUGGAGCCUGAAAGGAGGAUACGAGUGGAGUGGCUGGAGGCAAGGCUUCGCCCCCUCCAGUGCUACCGCUGUUUGGAGCCCGGUCACGUGGAACACGGCAUGAGGAAGUUACGACGGCGGGAAGGGGUGGGGGCUCGGGGCAUUAGGACCACUGCCUCGUCUCCCUGCAGCGUGGGAGUCGCCGUCCAUCAGCGAAGGGCCGGCACUAGUAGUGGUCCCUGGUAUCGGCAGUUGAGAAGACAGUGGGAGCUUCCUAGGGGAAAGACGUCCCGACGGGGGCGUUCAGACUAUGCAAUAAAGUUGUACAACUUUCCAUGCAACUGAGGGUCCGAAUGAUUUUCUACGAGAAAAAACCAUUUUCUUUUACGGACGGCAUACCUGGUACAGGCACGGCCAGAAACACAGAAAUUCGGACCCGAAGUUGCACGGAAAGUUGUACAACUAAAUUGCAUAGUCUGAACGCGGCCUAAGAGAUCACGGCUCCCCCCCAUGCCGCCGGAUGGAGGACCACCGAGGAGUUUUAGUCGGUAAGAAUCCGACACUACCCCUGCCCUGACGGGGCGGGGGUGUCUUAUGCAAGAUUUCUCCCCGUUAAAAAAAAAAAAAAGAAAAGAGAAGGUGGUACAUUCACGCAAAAGGGACGAAACCAAACAGAGGAUUCAGAACGUCGGGGAUCAACUUUGUUGUAAUACAUCUUCACUUAAUUAAGAGCGCGAACCUACGGACAGUUAAUCGUUAUGCUACUGCCAACCUUGCGAAAUUCUCUAAUAUCUUAAAAGGAAGCCAGUGUUGCUGGACAUUGGGUCAGUGUUGACUUGGCACAUAUACCAUCCCCUGUCAGUUUCCUUGGUAUCCCUGAUGUGAAGAGACCACGCACGAUGACCGCUAUGCGUCACGGCGAUCCGAU